AUGAAAACAUUAUAAUCAAUACUUUUAGAUAAACCCAGAGCAGGACGGAGCAAGCCUUGAAACUCCAGACCUGGAUGUUGGUUUGCUAGACACAGUUAUGGAUAAUAUCCGUGGUAUGAGUGCAGGAGUACAGAAGACAAUGUUGAAAUCUAUUAUUACUUCUCUACUAGACAGAUCAAAACCUUUAUACGGGAAGGAUAAUGUAAGAGCACUACUCAUCCUACUCCAGAACCCAAUAUUCUCCGCCCAGUCGACCUACACCGUCUUCUCCCACAUCCUGCAGAACAUCACCUCACUACACAACGGAGAUCAUCAACUUCUAGUUCAUUGGUUCAGGAACCUAGAACCUCAUAGACUAGCAAGCAUUGUCAGGAAUCUGUUACAGCUGAUUACAAUACGACAGUUUCCUCCUGCGGACAAAUCUCUUCCUCCGCUCGCCAAAUCAAAAUGGUGGAUUCCUACAGCAACUAAGGUUCAUACAUUAAAUGUGAUAAAACAUUAUGGUUUUUCUUUAUAUAUAAUAUAUAUAUAUAUUCCUGGACAGUUCUCCUAUUGCCAGUACCCUUUCAUCCUCUCUAUAGUGGCCAAGAGACAUAUUCUAACAAAGGAUUCUGAACAGCAGAUGAUAUUGACUAAUAUAAGCCCGGGGGUUCCAGUUCGACGCGAUCAUCUUGUAACAGAUUCUUUAAAGGAAAUCUCGGCCAAACAGAAGGAUUUAAAGAAGAAAUUGAAGGUUUCCUUCUCCGGAGAACCAGGUUUAGAUAUGGGAGGUUUAACUAAGGAAUGGUUUCAACUUCUCAUUAAACAAAUAUUUGACGCAGAAUAUGGAAUGUUUGUUUAUCAUACGCAUUCUAGUAUUUUGUUCAGGGAAUAUAAUCUAAUAGGAGUCCUCAUGGGUUUAGCAGUCUACAAUUCUAUAAUCCUUGAUCUUCAUUUCCCAGGGAUCUGUUAUAGAAAACUUCUCACACCACCAGUAGUUCCACCGGAGCUGACCACAGAUGAACUUCAGUUUGGGUUUCAGAAGCUAGCCAGUACUACAAUGUGCAGCUGGGGGGUCAACUCUGUAGUGGAUUAUUAUAACAGAGCUGGUAGAGCAGUUUAUGCUUGUGCAAUGGAUCUGAGUAAGGUUGAAAUUCUGGUCUGCGGUUCUCCUACUAUGGAUCUAACUGAACUGAAGAAGGUUGUUGUGUACGAUGGAUACAAACCAACUGAUCAAACUAUUAUUUUCUUCUGGGAGGUUCUCUUAAACUACAGUGAGAGCCUGCAGAAGAAGUUUCUCCUGUUUACAACAGGAUCAGAUCGAGUUCCAGUCGGAGGGAUGGGAGAAAUGUCAUUCAAAAUAUCUAAACUAAAGGAUAAAUUAUCCUACCUACCUGAGGCUCAUACCUGCUUCAACCAGCUAGUUCUCCCUGAUUAUCAAGAUAAGGACUGUUUACAGGAGAAAUUAACCAUCGCUAUCUCUAAUGCAGAGGGAUUUGGACUGGAGUAAUACUAAGCCAAACCAAACCAAACCAAAGAAACCCAACAUAACAAAAGUAUCAAAAAUCAAACAACUCGUCAAACUGAAGCAAUACGUAUCAUGACUGUAUACUACAAUUGUGUAUUUAAAAAACCUGUUUUCUCGUGGUUAAAAAUUAACCAUUGUAAAUUUUCCAAUAAAACAACGAAUGCAUAAA